AAAAGAAUAGGUGUCAGUUAUUUGUAUCCGAAGGGUUCCCGUAGCUCACCGAUGAAAAUUACAACGCUAAUCAUUAGCGUUCUGGUUUUCUGUCCACUGUAUUUAAUUGGAAUUUAUUUGGAUCAUUAAUUGCGUGAUUAGGCCCUGGUUUUGUUUUACUCUUGGUGUUCUAGGUUUCUGGAGACUUCAGGAUGUCGUACCCUCCUCCAAUAAACCGCCAGCAGAUCGGUAUCCCACAGUUACCUCCCAGGAUCCCCCCUCCACAGUAUGGAGGCUUUGCCCCUGGAGUCCCACCAGGUACUCCUAUGAUACCGGUUCAUAUGGGUGUAGUGACCCCCACACCCACAGUUCUCGUUCCAGCCACAGUUGCUGUAGCACAGAAGCCGAUGACUCCAAAAAAGGAGCCUGGCACAGUCAGAGCCAAGGAUGCAGAGGACAGUGGUGGCCCCACCACCACUGUGUUUGUCGGGAACAUUUCUGAAAAGGCAUCUGACAUGUUGGUCAGACAGCUUCUGGCAAAAUGUGGUAUUGUUCUAAGCUGGAAAAGAGUCCAGGGUGCCUCUGGGAAACUUCAAGCUUUUGGUUUCUGUGAGUAUAAGGAACCUGAAUCCACACUGCGAGCCCUCAGACUUCUGCAUGAGUUGCUCUUAGGUGAUAAGAAGCUGUUGGUGAAGGUUGAUGCCAAGACUAAGGCCCAGCUAGAUGAGUGGAAGGCCAAGAAGAGGAGUGCAAAUGGGGGAGUCAGUGGCAGUGGAAAAAAUGGGGAUGAAGAUGAGGAGGAGGUUCUUGAUGAAGAAACUCUGCGUAGGGACCAGGCUGUGAAGGGGGCAAUAGAUGUCCUAAUCAGAGAGUAUGCAAGUGAGCUUAAUGCUCCCUCACAGGAUCCUGACAGUCAGCCUCGCAACAAGAAGCGGAAAGAGAAGAAAGAUGAGGAGGAUAUCAAUGCCAUGGAGAUGGAGGAUGACAAGAGAGACUUGAUUUCCAGAGAGAUCAGUAAAUUCCGGGACACACACAAGAAACUGGAGGAGGAAAAAGGCAAGAAAGAAAAGGAACGCCUGGAGCUCGAGAGAGAAAGGAGAGAGAGAGACAAAGAGCGAGAGCGCGAAAGGGAGCGUCGCGAUCGCGAGAAAGAGAAGGAAAGGGAGAGAGAAAGGGACAAGGAGCGGGAAAGAGACCGGGAUCGUGAUCGUGACCGUGAGCGGAGAGAGAGAGAUCGUGAACGCGAGAGGACGAAGGAACGGGAGCGGGAGAGGGAGCGAAGUCGAGAUGUCAGUGAAGCCCGCAGCAGAUCGAGAGAGAGGUCUAGAGACAAUAAAAAACGAGACCGUGAAGAAGAUGAGGAGGACAUGUAUGAACGGCGGAGACUUGAGAGGAGGCUUAGAGACAAGGAGGCAGCUUACCAAGAACGCCUGAAAAACUGGGAGGUCCGAGAGAGGAAGAAGGCUCGUGACUAUAGCAAAGACGCCGAGCGAGAGGAUGAGAGGCGUCGUGAAAUGAUGAAAGAAGCCAAAAGGCUCAAAGAGUUCCUUGAAGACUACGACGACGACAGGGAUGACCCAAAAUAUUACAGGGGCAGCGCUUUGCAGAAGCGACUUCGUGACCGAGAAAAGGAGAUAGAGUUGGAUGAACGAGACCGGAAAAGGGAGAAAGAGGAGCUCGAGGAAAUUAGACAAAGACUUCUCGCUGAGGGUCACCCUGACCCUGAUGCUGAGUUACAGAGGAUGGAGGAGGAAGCAGAGCGCAGACGACAGCCACCUCUGAAACUUGAACCUGAGGAGGAUGUGAAGCAGGAGAAAGCUCACAAGGAUCGGGAGAAGAGAGGCUCCGGAAGGCCUGUAGAGCCGGAGCCUCAAGUUCCCCCGCAGCAUUCAGAUGAUGAUGAUGUGGAAGAAGGGGAUGAAGAUGAUUACCGCGAUGGGGAGGACUCACAAGAAGCUAAGCCGCAACUCAAACCCGUCAUGCGACCAAUCACUACUGCUCCCUCGGUGUCCUCUGCCAGUGGAAAUGUGACUCCAAACACACCCGGCAAUGAAUCUCUCUGCGGCAUCAUCAUUCCAGGCGAGAAUACUCCAGAGGUCCAACCUCCAGAGGAACACAGGCCCAAGAUUGGCCUCAGUCUCAAGCUUGGUGCCACCAACAGUCCCAGUCAGCUCAGUGCAGGAAAGCGAAAGAAAUUGGCAACUGUGGACAGUGUUUUCAACAAGUUUGAUGAAGAGGAGGCAGAUGAGCAGCCUCGCAAACGGAAACUGGUUCCACUGGACUAUGGUGAUGAUGAUAAGAGCCUGGGACUGGAUGGAGCUGAAAUAUCAGGGGCCAAAGGCAGCAUCAACACAGAGGAGAAACGCAAGCACAUAAAAAGCCUUAUAGAGAAGAUCCCCACCGCCAGGCCAGAGCUCUUCUCCUAUCCUUUGGACUGGGCUAUGGUUGAUUCGACUCUGAUGGAUCGUCGCAUUAGACCGUGGAUUAAUAAGAAAAUUAUAGAGUAUAUUGGAGAGGAGGAACCCACGUUGGUUGAUUUUGUCUGUUCUAAGGUAAUGGCACACAGCACGCCUCAGGGUAUUCUUGAUGAUGUUGCUAUGGUUCUCGAUGAAGAAGCAGAAGUCUUCAUAGUAAAAAUGUGGAGGUUAUUGAUAUAUGAAACAGAAGCUAAGAAGAUUGGGCUGGUGAAAUAAGUAAGCGCGUCUCUAUGACUGACUUCCUGAGCUUUCAGUCCUGCUGUCUGCAGUUUUCUGGUCCAGCAGACUGUGAACAUGCCACACGGCCCUCCAUUCCAUCGGCAAGGAGCUGCUGCCCUGUGUGUCUGUGUGUGUGUGUCUGUGUGUGUGUGAGUGAGUGAGUGAGAGAGAGAGAGAGAGUGUGACAGAGUCUAAAUUGUGGACUGAAAGUUUUGGGGGAAAAUGUGCUGCAUGAUAAAACUUUGGUUGUAUUUCUUUUCUUUGUUAAUGCCGUUCAGGAGGAAUUUCAUUCAUCUGUUCUCCAACAUGUUGGACACAUUCUGCUUUAAUUUAGUGGUGGUGUUUGGAGGCACUACUCCAUGUGAACUAAUAAACAUGCAUUUUUAAAAAAGGAAA